AUGCUGUCCCUCAUCCCUCGUGGUACCCUACGAUGUGUCGCGUGCGCAUCCAUGCCGCGGACGGCAGUCGCUGGACGACGCGCCUUUUCGACGCCCGUCGCUGAGCAGGACGAUAGACCGCUCGCUGGGAUCAAGGUGGUCGACUUGACGAGGGUGUUAGCUGGUCCUCUGGCUACUAUGAUGCUGUCAGACUUAGGAGAGUCACCUAAGAACGGAGAUGACACCCGGUCUUGGCUCCCACCCUUCGCUCCUCUCCCCACCAAUUCCACUGAAGGCGCAUUCCCCCGCCCAGACUUACCGCCAGAGUCGGCCUACUUCUUACAGGCCAACAGGAACAAGCGAUCGUUGACGCUCAACUUAAAAGACCCCAAGGGUCAAGAGGUAGCGAGGCGGUUGGUCGAGGAGGCGGAUAUCUUGGUCGAGAACUAUGUACCGGGAAAGCUGGACAAGUUUGGCCUUGGGUACAAGCAGGUCGCAGCGAUCAACCCUCGCCUGAUCUACUGCUCCAUUACCGGCUAUGGCUCGACCGGCCCGUACGCCCAAUCCCCCGGAUACGAUGUAGUCAUCGAAGCAGAGGCCGGACUCAUGCACAUCACAGGCGAGCAAGACGGCAGGCCUGUCAAGGUCGGAGUGGCGGUGACGGACGUCUUGACGGGGCACUUUGCGCAGUCGGGUAUCUUGGCGGCACUCUUGAAGCGGCAUAGGACAGGCAGGGGGGGGCGGGUUGAAGUCAGCUUGUUUGAGAGUCAGAUCGCCUCCCUAGUCAACAUCGCCUCCAACUACCUCAUAGCCAACAAAGAAGCCACCCGAUGGGGCACCUCCCACCCCUCGAUCGUACCCUACCAAGUCUUUCCCACGGCCGACUCCUUCCUCAUGCUCUCGGCGGGUAACGACUCGCAGUUCCGAACCCUGUGCUCUCCCGCCUUGUUUGACAAGCCGGACUGGGCGGCCGACGCGCGCUUCGCGACCAAUCGCGUCAGGGUGGAGAAUCGCGCAGAGAUGAUUCGGUUGAUUGAGGAGGUAUUGGGCCAGAGGACGACGGCGGAGUGGUGUGAGCGUUUGAAGGGGAAGGGGCUGCCUUUUGCACCGAUCAACAAUAUUGCGCAGACAUUUGCGCAUCCUCAGGCGAUCGCUCGAGAAGUGGUCGAAGAGGUGGAGCAUCCCCGAGCAGGCAAGAUCAAGCUCGUCGCACCUGCCACCUCAUACGACGGGAAGAAGCCCAAGAUCUAUCGCCCUCCCCCAUACCUUGGCCAACAUACUGACGAGAUCCUCGGCGAAAUCGGCUUCACCGCGAAGGAGAUCCAAUCCAUGCGUGCGAGUGAAGUCGUAUAG